AGCCUCGAAAAUAACAAAGUUUCUUCCAAAGAAAACUUACUAAUAACAAAUAAGGUUUCUACCCUCAGAAAGGCCUUUUAGUGUUGUUGUUUCACACCCGUUCAUCGUUUGUCUCGCCUGCUCCUCUCGUUACUCGUCCGAAAGAGAUAAGUAAACAUGGGAGCCUGUGCGAGCAAACCUAAGGAUUUGGACACACAAGAGGCCCCUAUCCCCGAGGCCCCUCUUUCCCCCCAAAAAACUGAUAUCCACGCUGCUCCCGAGAUGCAGGAGAAUAAGGAGGAUGGAGAAGAGACAAAGAAGGAAGAAACAUUGGUAGAUCUAACAGAGCCAGCUCAAGAAGCACCUAAGGCAGAGGAAGCGGCGGUGGAGACCGAGACCCGAAAGGCCGAAGCUGUGUUAGGCGAGACCACCUCGACAGCUGCGGUUGUGGAAAAAGUUUCCAUCGAGGAAGAUAAUAAGGCUAAAAAGGUUGGCGAUGAAGAUGAGAAGAAGAAGGAAGAAGUAGUAGCUGUUGCUGAUGAAGUUGUUGUUGCCUCUCCUGCUAUUGCUGCCGUGACGGAGGUUAAAACUGAAACACCUGUCACUGCCUAAGUGUCAUUGUAGAACGUUAACAACCAGUGGAUAGUUUCACUUAUGUUGUUGUAUUCCAUUUUAUUAUGUUAAUAUGUUUGAGGCUCAAUGUAACAAUAACCCAAAAAAAUGAAAAAUUAAGGGGAAAUCCCAAAAUUAACCCAUUUGUGGAUCUUUUUUUUCUUCAUGUUUAGGAUGUGUG